AUGCCAAACAGAAAUCCCACCGUCGUGUACCCACCAUCCACACCGAGAAGAUCACAGAGGCUCAUUAUCCUCCACGAGAACCACAACCCCACCACUCCCAAUCCUAAAUCCACAAAAAAGCCUUCUAUCCAAUCAAGAACCCCUUCCGUUAGGGCAACGAAACCACCCAAAGUUCCCUCUCUCAGACGAUCUGCUAGAGUUCCCAAUCAUAAAACUCGAAAUGAGGAGAAAAUCGAUGUUCAACUGAGUGAAUUUCGUUCGGGUGAUUCGACGAGAGUUAAGCGAGGAAAAAGGAAGGCAAGUAGUGAUGAUGAGGGAAUUGGGGCUGAAGUUGGUGGAAAAGGGAAUAGAAAGCACGGUGUGGAUGAAAGGGAACAAGUUGAAGGUGGAGUGAAAGGGAAAAGAAAGCUAGGUGGCGGUGAGAUUGCUGAAGGGUGGAGUAAGGAACAAGAAUUGACUCUGCAAACAGCCUACUUUACUGCAAAACCUAGUCCCAAUUUCUGGAAGAAUGUUUCUAGACUGGUACCUGGGAAGUCUAAACAAGAUUGUUUCAAUAGGGUUCACCAUGACUUCCAAACACCACCUCAAUGUCCGCCUAGAUCAAGAGCAAAGACAAUUAACAAUUCGCCUCUUCAUCAAUUCUCAAUAUCUGCAAGUAAACUUCUCAGACCUACUGAAAAGAAGGUAGCUAAAUCAAAUAUUCUCAAACCAAAAAGCAUUGUUACCCAGAAGUCAAUUGAGAAUCUGUUACAGCGCCAUCUUAAAGUGGAUCAAGUCCAUAAAGGAGACAUAUUUUCUGCUCUUGAACCCAACAUUGAUUUUUCUACUAAUGAUUUUCAGUACAGUCAAGCACUUUGUACUCCAAAGCAGCAAAAGGAAAAUCAAGGGUUUUUACAAAAUUUCACAGAUCUAUCAUCAUCAUUUUCAAAUCACAAGAAGUCUCUUUCUGGAUUUAGUGGCUCAUCAGGUGUUCAAGAUCUUGCUAGUCCACCUGUGCUAAAGAAAGUAAAGAACAAGAUACAGCAUGAAAAAUUCGUCAAUCAAUUAAGAUUUAGGGAACUUAAGAGCAGAGCAGCAUCUAAACGGAAAAAAACUUCCAUAGUCGGAGAAGGAAACAACAUUCAGAAAAAGGAUGUUGUUAAAGCUGCAAAAGUUGCACUGAUGUCUGAAGCCAGAGAUGCUAUCAACAAGUUUCAACAAUCACAGGUCAAUAUCAUGAACAACACUUGUAGUUCUGAUGAGGACAAUGAUGGUGACAUUGGAGUUGAAUGUGAUAGUCAAUAG